CACAGGGAGGCAGAUUUCAGGCUGUUAUUUACAGUGGACACACUCUGUGCAUACCUAUUAGACUCAUCACAAAGGGUGUGAGAGGGUAGUGCUGACAGUCCCAAGAUCAAAGAACAUAGAUAUUAUCUCAUUGGGUGUUAAGGACUUUGUUUUAUACUUGUCUUAGAAAGGCCUGUGUUGGGGAUGUAGCUGGCUAGCUCGCUGGCUAGUUAUGAAGCUAGCUGGCUAGCUAACAACUCAGAAGUGUCAAGUAGCUGACCACGGAGAUUAUUGUGAAUUGGUGAAGAAACUAAUGCAUCUCCACAUCAUCGUCAUGCACUGCCAGUAAAACAAAGAGACUUGAGACCCAGAGUGUGUGUGUUGCAUGCCUGAAAAAUAGAGUCUAGUGGCUGGGGAGGGAGUUGGUUGUCUUCCCCAAGAGAAGAUAUCACCACCCUGGACAUGAUGGGCCCGCGGCGGAAGUCCACCAAGAUUCAGAACUUGGAUGAGGGCCUUCAUGACCCUCUUAGUCAAGAGGAGCCCAAGGAUUACAUGAAUGAGCUCUCACAUGAAGUACUUUGCCACAUAUUCAGGUACUUGCCCAUGCAAGAUAUCAUGUGCAUGGAGUGUUUGUCUCGAAAGCUUCGGGAAGCCGUGACCCUGUACUUGCGUGUUGUGAAGGUGGUAGACCUGUGUGCAAGCCGUUGGUGGGAAUACAUGCCAUCAGGAUUCACAGACUCCAGUUUCCUCAUGUUGCUGAAGAAAAUGCCUGACUUGGAGCAGCUGUACGGGCUGCAUCCCCGCUACCUGGAGCGACGGAGAGUCCGAGGAUAUGAGGCGUUCAGCAUCCCUGGAGUUCUAGAAGCUCUGCAGGCCUGCCCCAAUUUGAUAGGAGUUGAAACGUCUCACUUGGAGCUUGUGGAGGCCAUCUGGAAUUACAUGCCCCAGGUGCACAUCCUGGGAAAGUUUCGCAACCGCAAUGGAGCCUUUCCUAUACCCCCCGAGAACAAGCUCACCAUUCCAGCCGCCGCCAAAAUCCAGACCCUACACCUUGUUGGGGUCAAUGUGCCAGAGAUCCCCUGUGUGUCCAUGCUGAGACACCUGUACCUGAAGUGGGUGCGCCUCACCAAGCCUCAGCCUUUCAAAGACUUCCUGUGCGUGAGCCUCCGCACCUUCGUCAUGAGGAACUGCGCCGGGCCCACCAACUCCUUGAAGUACGUGCCCCUGGUGACCGGCUUGGCCUCGGCCCGCAACCUGGAGCACCUGGAGCUCGUGCGGGUGCCCUUCCUGGGGGGGCUCAUUCAGCACGUGGUGGAGGACAGCUGGCGGUCGGGAGGGUUUCGUAAUUUGCACACUAUAGUAUUUGGAGCCUGUAAGAAUGCACUUGAAGUUGACCUGGGCUACCUCAUAAUUACUGCCGCACGCCGGCUCCAUGAAGUUCGAAUCCAACCCUCCCUAACCAAAGAUGGAGUGUUCUCUGCACUGAAGAUGGCUGAACUGGAGUUUCCCCAGUUUGAGACUUUGCACCUGGGAUAUGUCGACGAGUUCCUGUUGCAAUGUAAAAUGAGCCACAAUGAGUUGGUGAAAUACGGUCUGGCCGACGUGAUCGAGAACCCAGGGAUAAUCACUGACAUCGGAAUGAAAGCUGUCAACGAGGUGUUCACCUCCAUAAAGUACCUUGUUAUUUACAACUGCCCUCAUCUACACAACCCUCACAACUGGAUAACAGACCACUCGCGCUGGAGCCGGCUGGUGGACCUCACACUGGUGCGCUGUCAUGCGGUCAAGCUGGACUCCUUCUGCCAAUUCAUCGAGUUGCUGCCCAGCCUGGAGUUCAUCUCUCUGGACCAGAUGUUCCGGGAGCCUCCCAAGGGCUGUGCGCGGGUGGGCCUGAGCGCAGGCACCGGCAUCGGCGUCUCCUCGGCGCUGGUGAGCAACCAGAACUCCAACAACGACAACGACAACAACAACAAUAACAACAACCACCAGAACAACAACAACAACGACGCCGCCGCCAACAUUCCACCGCACAACGACGAGGAAGCAGCGGCGCCCGUCCCCCAUCAGCCGCCGCCGCAGCGACCUGAAGACAUCCGAGGGAUGGAUGGGGUGGUGCAGGACAAUGCUGUCCCGGACCCGGUGGUGAUGGAGGUGGCUGAUGCGGAGCACAGUGCCUCUGGCCCCAGCCAGCCCGCUCGGCCAGCAGAGGGGGACGAGGAGCAAGCAGGGCCCAGCGGGGUGCAGUCCUCCGUGAAGAAGCAGCCGGUGGUGGUGCUGGACUCGGACAGUGAGGAUGAGGAGGAGCAGGAGAAGGCUCGGGUGCGGGCUCAGCCUCCUGGCCCGUCGAAGCCCUCGUACGCAGAGCCAGACACCAGGCCCAAGAGCUCCAGCUCCGAGGUCCCCGCCCCACACAGCAGUAAAGGAAAGACGCCGCUGCGGCGGCGAGGCCCGCCCCCUCAGGAGCCCAGCUGCGAGAAGGGUUGCCAGGUGACCAGCGAGCAGAUCAAAGCGGACAUGAAGGCCGCCACGGAGGCCCCCGAGCGCAGCGCGGGCAACAGCGGAGGUGGAGGUGGAGGUGGAGGUGGUGGGCAGGUGCCAGGGGCGGGGGCCUACGUGGGCUCCAUCCGCUGGAGGGAGGACGCCGACAGCCAGGAGGAGGGCGGGCAGGGCGGCGGCACGGAGGGAGGGCCGGGGCGGGCGGAGGGCACCGGGGAUCAUGCGGGGGGAACCCCGGCCAACGGCCUGGACUACGACGAAGACGAGGAGGAAGAGGAGGAGCAGCAGCACAGGUGUCUGCCGGGCGAGAUCCCCCGGCGGCCAAUCACACGCUCCCGCAGUCGGCUUUCGGCAGUGCCCCUGGUCUCCGAGUCAGAGCUGUCCAAACCAAAGCCUCGGGUCACAGUGAAGAGGAAACGCACAGCGGACAAGUCCACCAGCACCAGUGACCCAGUGACCGAAGAUGACCACGUACAGGUGCUAACACUAAAGUCCAAAAACCUGGUUGGAAUCACCCUCACAAACUGUGGCAUCACAGACCUGGUGCUGAGAGACUGCCCCAAAAUGAUGUUUGUCCACGCCACCCGCUGCCGAGUGCUGAAGUACCUGAAGGUGGAGAACGCCCCCAUCGUCAACCGCUUCGACUACGCCCAGUGCAAGAAGCUGGACAUGGAGCAGGUCCUGGAUCAGAUCCUGCGCAUGCCCCCGGAGCGCAACCGCAUCAUCUACAUGAGGCCCAUGCAGCAGAUCAACUCUCUGGCGCUGGAGAAGAUGCUGUUCAGCGGCCCGUACCCCUACCACAUCGCCAUCAUCCACGAGUUCAGCAACCCGCCCAACGUCAGGAACAAGGUGCGCGUGCGGAGCUGGAUGGACACCAUCGCCAACAUCAGCCAGGAACUCAUCAAGUACGAGUUUUUCCCGGAGGCCACGCGAACGGAAGAGGAUGUGAAGAAGUAUCCCAACUACCCCUGGGGGCGAGACAUCUACACCUUGGAGGGUGCGGUGGAUGGCGCGCCGUACACCAUGAUCACUGACUUCCCCUGGCUACGGACGCUGCGCGCGGCGGAGCCCAACAGCUACGCGCGCUACGACUUUGAAGAUGAUGAAAGCACCACCAUCUACGCUCCGCGGCGAAAGGGCCAGCUGUCGGCCGACAUCUGCAUGGAGACCAUCGGCGAGGAGAUCUCGGAGCGCCGGCAGGCGCGGCGCGGCGUCUUCCAGCGGCUGGUGGUGGUCUUCAUCCACUACUGCGAUGCCCGCGGCCAGCCCAUCGACGACGACUACAUCUAGUGCCUCGGCUCUCCUGCCCGUCCCCUGCCCACCGUCCUGCCCCCACAGGCGAGGGUGGUAGCAGGGCGGUGGGAUGGGGUAUAGAGACUCAUUUGAAGAGGAAAGGGGUGAAGGGGAGGUGGAGGUGAAGGUGGAGGUGCUCCAGAGGAGAUCCUCCACACUGACGACCUCUCGUCUCACCUCCGCACGUUGGUCUGUGCUACAGUCUACGGGGGUGGGGGUGCAAGAAGACCUUUAGGAGAGGGAGAGGUGUAAGAGCAUAGAAGAUGCUGCCCUGUCUCUUACCACAAGCACCAUGACCAGAGGACUGAAGAGGAGAGAGCGAAAGAGAGCGUGAAAGAGAGAGAGAAAUGAUGAGUGUCUGUUUCUUAAAAGAAGUAUGUUUAUGUCAGAUGAAGCGUCAGGCUUUCCCUCAGUUUCUUUUCAGGUGUCCAACCCCAGAGUGUUGUCAUGUGUGUGAGUUGGCCUCCCCCCUCCCCCCCCUCCCCCCAGGACUCCCUCUGUGGCUGUGCUGCUGCAGGAGGAGGACGACGAUGAGAUGUAGACUCGCCUUACGCUGCUGCUCCCAAGGAGCGCUCAGCCCCGUGAGCAGAGUGCAGAGUGCACACCGUGGGUUUCUUUAGAGGUUGGUUUCCAGUAGAGGAACGUGCUGUGCUUGGUGAACAUUCACUAGGUUGUGGUUGGUUGAUUGGUUGGUUGAUUUGUUGGUUGGUCUUUCAGUUGCGUAUGAAGUGAUGCGAUCAAACAGAAAUAGUUUUCUGUUCCCUGUUGUGUUGGUUGAUCCCCCCCCCCCCAAAAGUGUCUACAAGCCCUCUUUUUUUUGCUUGUGUGGAAGAUUUAUACUGCUAGCUGGCGAAGUACCAAGUUUUUAUUAUUUUUUGUUUGCUUUGUUUUUUUUGUUGUUGUUUUCUUUUGUUUUCUUUUGUUUUGAAAGUUCUGUUCUCUCACCUACCUCCAGUGCUGAGAGAGGAGGAAGCACGCUUUCCAAGAGCACCCACCGGCAAGGCUAGAAGUGCCCUUAGAAAUAUCUCAAUCUGUAACCUCUGUCUCUUUCUUUUUAUUAUUGUUAUUAUUAUUAUUAUUUUAUUUAUUUUUGCUUUAUUUUAAUUUACCUCUUUCCUGUGCUCUUUACUCUUACUUCACUUGGCUCUACUCUUGAGAUCUGACACGGGGUUGGGGUCUUUUGGGUGAACAUUUUUGGAGGCCCCUUGCACACCUGUGGAAGUAUCAGAAUCCUUGGUUACCUUUUCUCCCUCUUUAGUUCUGUUUUUCUAAGGAUUAAAAAAAGGGAUCGCGAUUUCAUAGAGCUAUCAAAGUUUUUGGGUUUUUUUCUUGUUACCGUUACUGAAGAGCGUGAGAGGUGAGCGGGUCAUGGCUGAACUCAUCCCUUCAUAUGACCCACAACUAAGUGGCCGAAUGUCCACCCCUCAAACCCAGUCCUUGACCAACCUGUAGUCAUGGCAGCAUCUUUAGUUAUCGUCCCCCGCACUGCCACCACUCUGCUGGUGACCAGAGGUGGAAAAUGAGAAACUCCAGGAAUGUGUGUUAGAGGGAGAGCCUGCGGGGAAGGGCGCUCCGGAUCUGGGAUGAGGGGGUUGCACCCCGUUUUGUUUUGUUUUUUUGGAGAGAGUUUUCCACAGGAAGCUCAACAGGUGAAGAGAUUGGUGCAUGUCUGGUGUUUGUGUGCAUCAACGAAUGACACGAGAAGAAGGCGAAAGAACGGGGAGGAAGGGAGAAAAAAAAAAAAACACGUUUUGUCUUAACUUCGCACGCAAUGCUGAAUACAUUUACUGUGAAAGAACUCUGUGUUCCAGGAGUUAACAUGAUAACAAAGUCUCGUCAAGAGUGAAAAAAAAAGCCAUUAAAAAGCGUCAUCAGCCCUCCCUGUUUUCCUGCUGCUGCUGUUCUUUCUACUCGAGCGACUGACUCUCCCUCUCAAGGCCAAGCUAACAAUCGCUGGUGGGUUUCGACUGAGAACCAUGCUAAGCACUGCAGAAACCUGUGCACAAAAAACCUUGUACAGAUAAGCUGUAUUUAAAGGAUCUUCCAGAUUUGUUUUAUAAGUUUAUAUAUAAAAAAAGACCUAUUUCACAUAAUAAAAAAGGGAGA